AUGCGCUCUAGAGCCUCCCCGGGGGCCGGCACUCCCGGGAAGCUUCGGUUGAACCAGUUUAAGCUUAAGCAGUUCAUAGCUCCUGCUGCUUCCAUCCUUGCGGUCCUCCUCCUCUUCCUCCUCACCCUCACCUCAACCUCCCCCGUCGGGGACCACUGCGAGCUGCGGGUUGCAGCAUCUCUUUCAAUCGAUGCCAUGAUCAGGCAGGAGCUCUCUUCAUCCUAUCAGGAGCUAAAUGAAGAUCUGGAACAAGUGAUUGAGAAUUCAGAUAGAGUGGAGGAACAAGAAAGGAGGGACUCCAAAGACAAAGGCUCAGGCAUUUUGCCAGUCCUAGAUAGUGAAUCUGUCAUCAGCACCAUCCGUUUCAGCAAGGCCUGCCUAAAGAAUGUGUUUUCAGUGCUGUUAAUCUUCAUUUACCUGCUGCUCAUGGCUGUGGCUGUCUUCUUGGUCUACCAGACCAUCACUGAUUUCCGGGAGAAGCUCAAGCACCCAGUCAUGUCCGUCUCCUAUAAGGAAGUAGACCGUUAUGACGCCCCAGGUAUUGCCCUCUACCCUGGGCAGGCGCAGUUGUUAAGCUGUAAGCACCAUUACGAUGUCAUCCCUCCUCUGAACAGCCCCGGGCAGCCUGGAGUGAACUGCACCACCAAGAGGAUCAAUUAUACGGACCCUUUCUCCAACCAAACCAUGAAAUAUGCCCUGGUUGUACAGGGACCCCGGGAAGUCAAGAAAAGGGAGCUGGUCUUCCUUCAGUUCCGUCUAAACGAAACCAGUGAAGACUUCAGUGCCAUUGAUUACCUCCUCUUCUCCUCUUUCCAGGAGUUUGUGCAGAGCCCAGACAAAGUCCACUUCAUGCAGGACUGUGAGAGUGCCUAUUCCAGCUGGAAGUUCUCUGGGGGUUUCCGUACCUGGGUCAAAAUGUCGCUUGUGAAGACAAAAGAAGAGGAUGGACGGGAAGCUGUGGAAUUCCGGCAGGAGACGAGUGUGGUGAACUACAUUGACCAGAGGCCAGAAGCAGAAAGAAGCGCUCAGUUGUUCUUUGUGGUCUUUGAGUGGAAAGAUCCAUUUAUACAGAAAGUCCAAGAUAUCAUCACUGCCAACCCUUGGAAUACAAUUGCUCUUCUUUGUGGGGCCUUCCUAGCAUUAUUCAAGGCAGCAGAAUUUGCCAAACUAAGUGUGAAAUGGAUGAUAAAAAUCCGAAAACGAUACCUGAAAAGGAAGGCACAGGCAACCAACCACAUCAGCUGAGUGUGCCUCUGUGGGACAGUCUUUAUACACUGGGUAGAACUGUGGACUUGACGGGCGCUAACACCCCAGCUGCUGUGACAAAGCCGGCUGGUCACCUCUAAUUCUGCAUUUGUCUGAAUAUUUGUCCUGCUUUUAAAAGCGACAGUUUGAAAAACGGACACUUCUGACUUGGCCGAAGAAGAGGCUAACUGGAGCUGAGGACAGAUCCAACGGCAACUCCUGAAGUUAUUUAAAUGUUUAAGUUAUUAAUGAACCAAUUUUAAAAACUGGACCAACAGGGGCAGUUUAGGUGGCUCAGUAGAUAGCCAGGUCUGGAGAUGGGAGAUCCUGGGUUCAAAUCUGGCUGUGUGAC